GAAGCGGCGUCUUCAGGCGGGGCUGGUGGCGGCCCCCGGGCCGGCUUUCCCGACAAGCAGCGGGGCGGCGGUGUUGUCAAUGGCGCGGGUGGGCCUGCUGCCCCGGGCGCUGUGGCCAGUCCUGGGGGCGGCCGACCGGCUGCUCGGGGCCGCGGGGAAGCGGCCGUGGCCGUCCCCGCCGGCAGGCCGACCUCCAGCCGGGGCGAGGCCGGGGCCGUGGGCAGUUUGGAGUCAGGGCCCGGGAGGGGGCCUGGGCCCCGGCCGGCCGGUCCUGCUGGUCCCCCGGAGAGCCGCCGCCACCGAGGGCCGGGACCCCCGAGGGCCGCUGCCCACCACCCCCCUCACCCCCGCCCAGCAAGUGAAAGAAGCUGGAAGGGAUUUUACCUAUCUGAUAGUGGUGCUCGUUGGAAUCAGCGUCACAGGUGGCUUGUUCUAUGUGAUUUUCAAAGAACUUUUCUCUUCAUCCAGUCCUAGUAAGAUCUAUGGCGAUGCCCUAGAAAAAUGCAGAGCUCAUCCAGAGGUAAUAGGUGUUUUUGGUGAGCCCAUUAAAGGUUAUGGCGAGACCACAAGACGGGGUAGAAGACAACAUGUCAGUCAUGUGGAAUAUGUAAAAGAUGGAACAAAACGCAUGCGUCUGAAAUUCUACAUUGAGGGAUCAGAACCAGGAAAGCAAGGAACGGUGCAUCUUGAAAUGAAAGAGAACCUUGAAAGCGGCAAAUACGAAUAUCGCUAUAUCUUUGUGGAUGUCGAUGCCUAUCCUCGAAGAACCAUCAUUAUUGAAGACAACCGAUAAGAGCUUUCGCAAACCCAACUGGCCCGAUACCUUGGACUGAGGGCUGGUGGAAUCACAGUAUCACAGUACGACUGCUCAUAUCCACUCCCUCUGGAAAUCAGUUGAGUAGGAAAGAAAAAUGUCUGCAUCAUAAUCAGGAGUGUUCUAAUGAGAUGUUCUACCAGACUGCAAGAAAUAGGAUUUGGAGCAAAAAGCCAUAAAAAAAGAGACUCUUCUUAUAGUGGAUUUUUAGUCAUGGACAAUAUCUUUAGUGCCUCUAGCUAGAUCUUCCAAAAUGUAAGGGUUUGAUUUUUUUUUUUAAGGUUAGUCACAGAAAUAAAGAAAAUGAAUUGUAAAAGCUCA